AUGAGUGAAAUUGAUCAAGUCGAAGCUGAAGAACAAUACGAAGAAAUUGUUGACGAUGUUGUUGAAGAAGUUAAAUUCGUUGAAUUAGCCACCAGAAUCCCAACUGAAGUCCAAGCUGCUCAACAACAAAUUCGUUUAUUCAACAAAUGGACCUACGAAGAUGUCACCGUCAAGGACAUCUCAUUGACUGAUUAUAUUCAAAUAAGAUCCCCUGUUUUUGUUUCUCACACUGCUGGUCGUUAUGCUUCAAAAAGAUUCAGAAAAGCCAACUGUCCAAUCAUUGAAAGAUUAACAAAUUCUUUAAUGAUGAACGGUAGAAACAAUGGUAAAAAAUUAAAAGCUGUCAGAAUUAUUAAACAUGCUUUAGAAAUCAUCCAUGUUUUAACUGACCAAAACCCAUUGCAAGUUAUUGUUGAUGCUAUUGUUAACACUGGUCCAAGAGAAGAUUCGACAAGAACUGGUUCUGCUGGUAACGUCAGAAGAACCGCUGUUGAUGUCUCCCCAUUAAGAAGAGUCAAUCAAGCUAUUGCUUUAUUAACCAUUGGUGCAAGAGAAGCCUCUUUCAGAAACAUUAAAACUAUUGCUGAAUGUUUGGCUGAAGAAUUAAUCAAUGCUGCUAAAGGUUCCUCAACUUCCUACGCCAUCAAAAAGAAAGAUGAAAUAGAACGUGUUGCUAAAUCUAACCGUUAA